AUGGAGAGGUACAGGUUGAUUAAAGAACUCGGGGAGGGUGCUUUUGGCAGUGUCAGGCAAGCGAUUGAUCAAGAGUCCGGUGAAGUUGUUGCUAUAAAGCAGAUCAAGAGAGAAUAUGAGUCAUGGGAAGAAUGUCUGAAUUUGAGAGAAGUCAAGUCCUUACAGAAGCUGAAUCAUCCUAACAUUGUCAAGCUUAAGGAACUGAUCCGAAGAAACAAGAUUUUGUAUUUCGUUUUCGAGUACAUGGAACAGAACCUUUAUGAAGUCAUCGAAGACAGGAAAACUCUGUUCUCAGAAGCAGAGGUUAGGAACUUGUGUCGCCAGGUUUUUCAGGGCCUUGCCUACAUGCACAAGCAAGGAUAUUUUCAUCGUGACCUGAAACCAGAGAACCUGUUGGUUACUAGAGAUAUGGUCAAGAUUGCUGAUUUUGGUCUUGCAAGAGAAAUCAAUUCGAGACCACCAUAUACACAGUAUGUCACCACUCGCUGGUAUCGAGCUCCUGAAGUUAUGCUACAAUCGGAUUUUUAUAGUUCUAAAGUGGAUAUGUGGGCUAUGGGUGCUAUCAUGGCGGAAUUAUUCACUUUUUGUCCGCUGUUUCCCGGUACCAGUGAAGCGAACCAGAUGUUCAGAAUAUGCAGUGUACUAGGCACUCCAACUAUGGAUUCAUGGGCUGAUGGAAUUCAUCUAGCAAGGAAUAUCCACUACCAAUUUCCAGAGUUUGAUGGUGUUCAGCUUUCUGCAUUGAUACCAUCUGCUAGUGAGGAUGCAAUCAACCUUAUUUCGAUGCUUUGUUCUUGGAAUCCUUGCAAUAGGCCCACUGCUGAGGAGGCCUUGAAACAUCCUUUCUUCAGGAGUAGCUUUUAUAUUCCUCCUUCCCUUCGCUUUACGGCAUCCGCUAAUGGAGCUAUUCUUUCAGCUGGAAUAAGUGGAGAAUCAGCGCAGAGAUGUGACAGGAGAUAUCUUGAGAGUUUAUCUAAUUCAAGCCUCGAUUACAGUUUUCCUACCCCCAACAAGUUAUGUACUUGUUCAAAUACCACUACUGUGCAUUGCGACUUCCACAGGGCUAACCAGGAUGUUUCGAGUUCUGCCAAGCAAUUCAUAUUUGGACCACAAUCCAUUAACAUGGGCAGAACUGCUGUGUAUGGAGCUUCAGAUACAGCUGAUACAUUGGCCAACAUGACAUUUGGUUCACGCAGGCAACUUGUGGAACAGCCAAGGCCACUUGCUUUGGAGCUUGGAGUACGAGGAAGCAGAGUCUGCUGA